ACGCCGUUUCCGCUGCUUUCCCAAGCUCUGGCUGGCCAGUCUCUACCGAGUAGAGCUUUCAACUUGUUCGAAUCGGCUUCCAGGGAAGAGGAGCAUCAAGCCGUGUUGCUCUUUCGUACCAGGGCCACCCUCCCGCCCAGGGCGCAUAGACACGCAUGACCAAUUUGUUUGUCCAACUACCGGUACCUCAACUUCGACAACCUACUCGGAGCCCCUGCGAGACGACGUCCUGACAUUCAUGACAAACUGUCAUUGAGCUCCGCUCUCCGACGACUCGCAAUCCCACCAUGUUCCCUGGCUAGUACUGGGCCACCAGCCAUAUACAUCAUCUUCUCUUGCUCGAACCCCUCAGCGGUCACCCCGCUUCCCCUCCUCCACAAUGAAGGUCAGCAUUUUCAAGUCUGCAUCUGCCGCCGGAGAUCCAGCCUCCCCUCGUCCCAAGGCCGGCCAAUCCAUCCGUGGCAGAAUCUCCGGCCCCAUCCCGAUUCUCAUUCCCACCGACGAUGAAUUCCCCGUGCGCAACCCUGGUGCCGGCAUUGCCAUGACUGCAGGUGGCGACGCCCAUGACGACCAGCUUCAGCAUCAAUCCUCGGCCCCGCCAGAUUUCGUGACUCCGGUCUCGGCCCAGGUCUCCCGUCCCGAAAUUGCCCAAUAUACCGGUUCAGGUUCAGACUCCGGUAGGGAACUAGCCGCCGCCGCCGCCGCUGCUGCCCUCGCUCCCGGCCCUAGUACUAGGGCAGAGGCUCUUCAAACCCCCAGCGAACCCCCUCCCGCAGUCCCGAGAGAACCCCCUCAGGGGCACAGGAGAGCCAACCCACCCAGCACCGUGAGGUAUUCGGUUGUUAGCGAGGCGACGCAGGGGACUGGUAGCAGCAAAGGGAAACCGCAGCGGAAGAAGUCUACUUUGAGGGGUGCGUUUAGCAAACUCUUUGGUCGUCGCAAGAAGAGCGAAGGACAGUCGUUUGUCAGUGCACAGCGUGUCUCUACCUUGGAUGGCCGGCCGCAGCAGCAGCAGACUUUCUCCUUCCAGGAACCCCCUCCCAUGGCGCGAGAACGCAAAGAGAGCGAAUCGAAACGGUCGGCGUCCCUCCCCAUCACCGAAUUCGACCGAGCACUCCGGUCUCACUCGAUCGGUCUGAGCGACAUACACGCCAUAGAAAGCGCGCGAAACUCGAUGCACGCCGAGUACGGUCUGGCCGCCCGCAGGAGAGCAACCAUAACGACGAGCCAGAUUUUCAGGAGUCGGGACGGCGAGCUCGCCGGCCUGUCGCCGAGGCCUGUCAGCACACACGCACACGCACACGCCCGCGGAAGCCGUUUGUUCCCCAUGGAGGAGAAUCCCGACGAGAUUGGCCGGGCCAUCACGAGCGAUACUCUGGGCCACAGGCGGCGAUCCAGGAGCCUGAACGGCCUCCACAACGUCGAGGGACGGAAGGUGAGGAGGAGGAGCGACGAGAUUCGAUACUGGCGACAGAGCCACGAGGCUUUCCUUUCCCCCACAUCGUCCGGUCCGCCCCAGCGCAGCGGCCCGGACGACGAGAGGAGAGGAGGCGACAAGGCGUCGAUGGAUCUGUCGGUCCAGGAAGAGGAGAAGCCUUCGCAGGCGGCCGUCGCACUACCAUUCAACUUUGGCGACUUUACACAUCUCAAUCCCACCGCCGGCAUGAAGAUCACUCAGGCAGUGAGCUUGGAGACGCGAAUCGACAACCUGGAGGCCAGAAUGGGCAGGAUGGAACGGAUGGUGGCGCAACUUUGCGAUGCGCUUCCUGGGUUCCAGGCCCUACCGGAGCUUCACAACCCUCCUCCAGACCGACCUCCCCCGCCGGUGCCGGUGCCGGUACCCGUCCCCGCCACGAGCGCAAUGGCGCCGGAGUCCCCUGCGUAUCAGAAGGCAGUGCCUAUUAGGGAGCGGGACUCCCCUGAGCGCAGCCCGUCCGGGUAUUCCAGGGCAUCCCAGAGGUCCUCGGACGAGGGGCCUAGCCACGUUGCCUCUCCUCCGCAGCUGUCGGCCCCGUCUUUCCACCAACGGCCGAUAUCGGAGGCGACCAUCAGGGAGACCGCCGACCUCCCGAUGGCCCUCGCCCACCUCGAGGCGGAAAUAGCGUCGCGACAAGUGCUGGAAGCGCGGGUGGCAGCUCUGACACGCAGCCUCGACUCGCUGCUGUCGUCGCAGCAGCAGCGUGGGCUGUCGGGGGACUUUCAGCCGCCUCCCACGGCCAGGUCUUUCGGCCACGUGUCGGCUUUUGACCACGACGACUCGGACGAGGAGAAUGGCCUGCACUCGAAGAAUGUGCACCACCUGGGACCCGAGGAUUCGGGACUGGCGACGGGGAGCACGACGGGGGAAGACGACUACUCUGAGCCGUUCGAGACGCCGCGCGAGGAGUUGACGUUUGGCCAGGGUGUCGCGUACCAGGGAGGCACGCACUACGCGGGCGGCGAGGGCGAGGGCGAGGGCGAGGGCGAGGACGAGGAGGAUGACGGCCAGCAGCAGCACAAGAAGGCGCCCAGGACGAUGUCGCUGGGGCAGUUGACGCUGGGAAGACUUUAUCAUGCGCGGACGACUGCGAUCUGAUAAUAGCUAAUGGGGUCGUGCAUUGGUUUCUACGUUUUCUACUCGGUGUGUCGACGUUACGUUACGGAUAGCAAUGGUUUGGGAGUCUGCCUUUUUUUUCCCUUUUUUUUCCUUUUUUUUUUUUUUUUUUUUCCUCUCGUGUCAUGA